ACAAUCAACUAACACUCUCUCUCUCUAUACAAACACAAGUAAGUAUUAAGUAACCGCCCAACCUAAAGGUGGUUGAAAGAGUUCUGACCUUUUGCACUGCCAAUUUGAGUUUCCAUUCCUUUCUUUUGUUCUCGGAAUUGCCAUGAAUAGUGGCGACGGAAGUGAAGGACGAGCUGAGACAUUGCAUGGCCUCGGCCGCAGGGUACUCUACAUGUGGGGUUAUCUUCCAGGGGCUCUGCCGCAGGGAACGCCACUCUUGGCUCCUGUUGCUGUUAGGUUUCCGGCGUCUGGUUACUCCUGGAAUGAUGUUUCCGGUGGUGGCAUUGGAUUCGCUAUGGCUAUCUCUGAGCAAGGGAAGCUCAUAACAUGGGGCUCAACAGAUGAUCUAGGCCAAAGCUAUGUGACGUCAGGAAAGCACGGGGAAACUCCAGAGCCUUUCCCUCUUCCAACCGAAACCUCCAUUGUAAAAGCUGCAGCUGGAUGGGCUCAUUGUGUUGUUGUAACAGAGUGUGGAGAAGUAUACACUUGGGGGUGGAAAGAAUGUAUUCCCUGUGGGAAGGUAUUUGGUGAACCAUCAACAGGGGUAUGUCUUGAAAAAGAUGUGCCGGGAAAGCAGAGCUCACUGUCGACAGAGCAAGCGAGUCCUUGUUCUCAAGGCUCAAGAUCUACUAGAGGAGGUACUGCCUCCAAUAACGGUGGAGAAGAAAGUACAAAGCGAAGGAGAGUAUCUUCUUCAAAGCAAACAGCUGAAAGCUCAUCAUCCAGUGAUGAUACUCUGAAAGCAUUGCCUUGUCUUGUCACACUUAACCCGGGAACAAGGAUAGCUAGUGUUGCUGCUGGUGGACGUCAUACCCUAGCUUUGUCAGAUAUAGGACAGGUGUGGGGUUGGGGCUAUGGAGGUGAAGGGCAGCUUGGUUUGGGUUCCAGAACACGUAUGGUUUCCUCCCCUCAUCUUGUUCCUUGUAUUGAUUCAUCUUCUUAUGGUAAAGAUAGAUCUAUAACAUUGGCUCGAGGAAGCGUGGGUUUGGAGCGACAGAAUUUUAGAGUUCCUGGAAGUUAUGUAAAGGGAAUUGCUUGUGGAGGUCGACACAGUGCAGUAAUUACAGAUGCUGGAGCUUUGCUUACUUUUGGUUGGGGACUCCAUGGACAGUGUGGACAAGGAACUACUGAUGAUGAACUAAGCCCGACUUGUGUAUCUUCCUUAUUGGGUAUCCGAAUAGAGGGAGUCGCUGCAGGACUGUGGCAUACAGUCUGUACAUCUGCUGAUAGUGAUGUGUAUGCUUUUGGUGGGAAUCAGUUUGGGCAGCUGGGAACUGGUGCUGAUCAAGCUGAGACUCUACCAAGACAGGUUGGUUUUCCGAGCUUGGAAAAUAUGCAUGCAAAGAACAUAUCUUGUGGUGCUCGUCACACUGCUUUAAUAACAGAGGGUGGAAAAGUUUUCUGUUGGGGAUGGAACAAAUAUGGACAGUUGGGCCUUGGGGAUGUGAUUGACCGUAACAUUCCUUCUGAAGUCACCAUUGAAGGUUGUGUCCCUAAAAGUGUUGCUUGUGGUUGGUGGCAUACUCUUGUUCUGGCCGAGUCGCUCACUUGAUGUCAUGGUUUCCAAGAGGCUCUUGGCCCAAUUUUGUUAGUUAGCAGUUCUUUUGAUGAUAGGUAAAUAAAUUGUAAGUCAUGUAUCUGUACAUAUAGUAGUGGUAUGCAUAUGCAUAUGCACUUGUAUUCUUUCAUGGCAUGAAUCACCAUAUCUUCAAAAAUGAUAUAUGCACAAGGUGUAACUUAAAGUCAAGGAUCUUAAUUACUAAACUGUUGCUUCAAUGUUCCCUGUCAGUGGGGCAAACUGCA